CAAUUGUUAAUAACAGCUGAUCACUGUAUUUUGGGGAAAUUGCGAAGUAUCCACGACGUCGUACAAGUAAAAACAUUUUGUUUUUUAUUCUAAAAUAGACAAGAUAGAGUUCGUCUAAGGAGAAAAGACAGUAUGGGUAACAAGUCAUCAUUACUGUUGCGUCCUGAGGAAAUUGCCCAGAUUCAAGAGGAGACUGGCUUUACCCCUAACCAAAUUGAACGCUUAUAUUCUCGCUUUACAUCUUUGGAUCGUGGUGAUUGUGGUACCUUGUCACGAGAUGAUUUCCUGCGUAUUCCCGAAUUGGCCAUUAAUCCACUGUGUGAACGUAUUGUGCAUGCCUUUUUUGCCGAUAGCACCGAUGAUCGCGUUAAUUUCCGUCAAUUCAUGAAUGUCUUGGCUCAUUUCCGACCAAUUAAAGCUAAAAAGGAAAACAAACUCAAUUCAAGGGAAGACAAAUUGAAAUUUGCCUUUAAAAUGUACGAUUUGGAUGACGACGGUGUGAUUAGCCGUGAUGAGCUACUGAGCAUUUUGCAUAUGAUGGUCGGCGCUAAUAUUAGCCAGGAUCAAUUGGUUAGUAUAGCUGAACGUACCAUAUUGGAAGCUGAUCUUUGCUGCCAGGGUAAAAUAUCCUUUGAAGAUUUCUGCAAAGCUUUGGAACGCACAGAUGUGGAACAAAAAAUGUCCAUUCGUUUCUUAAACUAAAAAGUGGCCUUUUUUAAUUACCGUCAUACAAUGUCAUCAUUGUAUGAAAUAUUUCCUUUAUUUUAUUAGCAUAGCAAAAAACAAGUAUUAACAGGAAUAGUUAAUUUUUCUUACAUUUUUUUUUAAUUUUCCUAAAUGUACGCAUUGUUGGUUUGUUUUUUGUGUUUCUCUUUUUUUAUUAGUAAUAUUUUAUUUAUUUUUCUUUUCCCAACCAAAUUGAAUCCAUUCCGUGUGUGGUUUAGUGUCAAUAACUUAUCGCAGAAAAUAGGAAUUAAAUAAAUAAAAUAAAUCAUCUGUAAUUUAAUUAUUGAUAUCUAUAGUUUAUAUGGAUUUUAUCUGAAAAAAUAGUUUUUUUUUUUCAGCAAAAACAAUAACAUUAAUCAAGCGGUCUAAGAAUAAAGAACUUGUUAACAAUAAAAUCUAUUUAUGUACUUAACAUUGCUUGAAGUUAAA